GAACUGAUUUAUUUGCUUUUGAGACUUGCAAUUUUCUAAUCAUGCCACAUCCUUGUGUCGUUUGUGGUCGUUCACGCAUGAACCCCAAUAAUCGUGAAGAAGAGUACAUGUUUUUCGGCUUUCCAGUGAAUGAUGAAGCUCGUUGCUGUCGUUGGUUAGAGUUUUGCGGUCGUGAAGAUCUCUAUAAACUUACAAAAAAACAGCUUCUUCAGCGUAUGAUCUGCUCCAAGCAUUUUCAGCCUCAAGAUUUUCUUAAUGAAUAUAUGGAUCGUUUAAAUUUGACAGCUGUUCCAUCGAUUUAUGAUCCUAAACAAAGUUUGUACAAUAUAACAUGUAUUCUUUGCGGAAGAACACGAAGAGAUCCACCUGCAGAGGAUUACGAUGGAACAACCUUUCAUCACUUUCCUGGAGAAGAAUUCCGCUGCCUCCAAUGGUUGGACUUUGUUGGUGUCGACUCUUAUUAUAGACUAACAAGAAAGGAAAUUCUUUACUGCUAUAUCUGUUCCAAACAUUUUGAUCGUUCCCAAUUCAUCCCAGGAUUUAAGGGAAGAUUAGUAGAAAAUGCGAUUCCUAAUAUUCGUGAUCCAGAUAAUGGAGAAGAAUCUAUUAUUGAGCUACAGGACCAAACAGAAUCUAUUACUGAAUUACAGGCUGAACCAAAGCUUUUUAGUCCUUCAAGUAAGAGCAAAAAAGAACCACUGCCUAUUACAGUAUUGGAAAGCCAGGCUUGUGCGGCUUGUGGUCGGUCAAGAGCCGAUCCGAGAAACAAAAUUGAUCGUUACAAGUUUCAUCCAUUCCCAGCAUACGAAAUAGGUCGAUGUUUGCGUUGGUGUCAAUUCUUGGGCAGGGAAGAUAUACUCAAAAUGUCUCCCAAUCAAAUACGCAAACUUGUACUUUGUUCAAAACAUUUUCAGAUUGGCCAAAGUUUCCACAAAGUUGGCCCAUGUGAUGCAGUUCCCACAAUCAAGGACAUUUCAGAAUCUAAAAAUAUUGUAGAGCAAAAUGAAGACGAUCAGGACCUCGGAGAAGACCCUUCCAAGACGCUUAAGCGUGAGAGACCAUUAGUGUCUAGUAAAAAACCUAAGAUCGACAACAAACCUGCACCAUUGGCAAAAAAACGAGGAAAAUCCCGAAGACCAACUUCCAUUAAUAUUCCUAGACCUAUUCCUAACUAUUUGGAGAACCAAAUGAUAAAAAAACUACCUCUUCCAUCUACAACUAAUUGGAAAAUUCAGUUGGGAGAUCAAUUGCAGCCAAUUACAAUUAAUAAUAUCUCUUCAAAUGUUGCAAAUAAUCAGGCAAACAUCAAAAAAAUUAUAGUGCCAUUUACUGGCGAUAUAUCAACUCUUGGUGCUCCGAUACCAGUUCACAGUUUAUCAAGUAUUCCUCCGGGAUUGCUGAUCAAAAUAGACUUGCCAGAACAAGAACAGCGACAAGAACAACAGCGAGUAAAACAGCAAUCACGACAACAACCAAAACAACAGCGACCACGACAAAAGCGACCACAACGACUGCAACAACAGCAAAAAUUGUCAAAAGUAAAAAAGCAAAAUAAGACAAAGAACGUGAAAAAUGAACAAAUUUGGGAAAAUAAUAACGGUCAAACUUCCGUUAUAUUGGAAAAUGAGAAACAAAAUAUACAUAAAAAUUUAAUAGAAUUUUUAAAAGUGCCUUCAGAACCUGUAGAAGAAACUUUAAAUUCUAACAAAAUAGAAAUACAGGAACAAGUGAUUCCUUUGACGUUAGUGAAUGUUGAAAACGAAGUACAGGUAAAGGAAGAGCAACAUUUUGAAGAUUCUAAAAAGGAGAAAAAAACGACGAAGAAAAACAUUUCAAGAAACAAGGAAAAGCGACAGAAGAAAAUUUCGAAAACCAUGAAAAGAACCAUGUUUCCUAUCAACAAUGAGAUUAAGUAUUUCUUAAAAAAAAUGACGCCACUGAUGCAUCGAUUACCAACACAAGCUAGAGCGAUGAUGAAAUUAUCAAUUGUUAACACGGUAAUUGAUCGACUCUGA